AUGACUGAUCUUAACAAAAUCGAAUCAUUUUGUUACAAAUGUAUAGAAGAAAAUCAAAUCUGCAAUUUUCAACGUACAACACUUCUUGUAUAUCCCAUUCUUCUGAAAGUCAAUGAACAAAAUAUUCGCGUUUGCUAUUCUUGCCAUCAUGGUGUUAAUGAUCAUUUUGAUUAUGAUAUAUGGGCUUUUGUGCGUGAAAAAAUGGGAAAAGCAAGAGCGUGGUUUAUUAAGCAGCACAAGGAGUAA